AUGAUCAACACCCGCCUUAUUUAUGAAUUGGAGAUACGUAAUUGCAUUCCUCCUUUGCAAAGUGGUUUCCGUAGGGGCCGGUCUACAAUAGACAAUCUCGUGCUUCUGGAAACUGAAAUACGUAAUGCCUUUGUAAGACGGAAUCAUCUUGUUUCAGUCUUCUUUGACAUAGAAAAGGCCUAUGAUCGAGCCUGGCGUUAUGGUAUUCUUCGAUCACUUUUAAACCAUUUUAUUCAAGCUGAGGGUGUCCCUCAGGGAAGCGUCCUCAGUGUGACACUUUUUAUCCUUCAUCUUAGUCAGAUUUUAGAUCAAUUACCUCCAUCUGUUAAGGGCACUUUGUAUGUUGAUGACCUUCAGAUAUCUUGUCAGGGCUCUAGUAUGUAUUUAAUUGAGCGACAGCUUCAGCAUGCUGUGAAUAAGUUAAUGACAUGGUGUAACGAGAAUGGCCACACUCUUUCUGCUGAAAAGAGCCGCUGUGUCCAUUUCUGUCGGAAAACGGGUAUACAUCCAGAUCCUAUAAUUCGCAUUGGUAAUGUGGACAUUCCUGUAGUUACAGACAUGCGAUUUCUGGGAGUGAUAUUUGAUAAGAAACUCACCUUUCUUCCACAUAUUUUGAAAUUACGGAAGAAAUGCGAAUCACUUCUCAAUAUCCUUAAAGUUCUUUCGACAACGACGUGGGGUGCAGAUCGCACUUGUCUGCUCAGGAUUUAUCAAGCAAUAAUAUUAGCCCGCCUUGAUUAUGGAUGUGCUGUGUAUGGCUCGGCUCGACCCACUGUUCUACGCAAAUUGGACACUGUACAUCAUUCUGCCUUGAGAAUCUGUUGUGGUGCCUUCAGAACCUCGCCCGUACAAAGUCUUUAUGUCAUCUGCCAUCAGUUACCAUUACACUUAAGACGUAAAAUGCUCUCGGCUCAGUACUAUCUUAGGAUCCAGUCGCUUUCUAAUCAUCCACUAAGGCAAAUGACAAUUCCCAUUGGUCUUCGUAGACUUUACAAUGCUCGCCCCUUCAAUAUUCUCCCCUUUUGUGAGAGAAUUCAAACGAUUAUUGCUGAUGCAGGUCUUGGUAACAUACAAAUUAAACAAGCAGAAUUCUAUGUCAUUCCACCUUGGGAUGUCCCUGUCUUUUCAUACCUCAACCCCUUUUAUACAUUCGAUAAGUCUUCCACAGCACCUGUCAUAUUUCAAAAACUCUUUGCCUCUCACAGAAAUCAAUUUUCGUUAUACGAACCUAUUUUUACUGAUGGCUCAAAAUCGGAGAGUUAUGUUGGCUGCGGAAUUAAAUUUUUACAAAAAAUCUACAGUUACCGUUUACACAACUUUUGCUCGAUUUUGACAGCGGAACUUGUAGCUAUUUUUUGCGCUCUUCAGAAAAUUGCAGUUUCUGAUGGGCGUAAAUAUAUUUUAUAUACAGACAGCAUGAGCGCUUUGGAGAUAUUAUCCCACCCUGGUAAAUUGAUGCAUCCUGUGGCAGUAGAUAUUUUAUGUUGCUUACAAACACUUCAGGCCAGGGACUUUUUAGUCUUAUUCUGCUGGGUUCCUGGUCACGUUGGAAUUUUGGGCAAUGAAGACGCUGAUUGCGCUGCCAAAGCAGCUUCUACUUUAUGGCAGACAUCAAUUUCAUAUCGGGAUUCAAAACUUAGAAUUAUUCAUUAUACGCAUUCCCUUUGGCAGGAGUCUUGGGAUAUGGAGACCCAUAAUAAGCUACAUUUCAUUAAACCUCAUAUUCAUUUGUGGCCCAUUGUUUCCAUAAGAUCAGCCGACGUGAAACUGACUCGACUUCGCAUCGGUCAUACUCGUUUCACUCACAAAUAUCUAUUAUUUGGUGAGAGAGCGCCCAGAUGCUUAUCAUGUAAUGUUGAUUUUACUGUUGUGCAUAUCCUAGCUGAGUGCCCCAAUUUUAAUUCUCAUCGCAUUAAAUAUUUUAACUCAACUUCACUUAACAUACGAGAAUUAGUGGGAGAACCUCCCCAUCUUGAUACUGUUACUGUGGGAUAUUAUGUAGGCUCUUCUGAUGCAAUUUAG